AGUGGAUGUGUUCAAUAACAUUCGAUUCCAAAGCAAAACUAUGACAUUUAAUGUAAUUGGAGUGAUGUUUAUAAAAUAAUCUAAUACCUUCUGUUACGUUCAAACUUCUUAUUCCACUUUUAGUUGAAACGGUGGCGUCCAUUUAACACGAUGUGGAUAAUUUGUGCAACAAUUUUAUAUAUUUCAUCGCCGCAGUUUAUCUCCGCUAGAGUCGCACCUAGAGAUAUUGGUAAUGAUCCAAUGUUUGAUGGUUCUGAUACAAUGUUGGAACAUAAAUCUUAUGGAUUGCAUUUCGAGAAUAAUCCUGAUGCUAUAAAAACCAAGGAACAAUCAGAUAGCUCGUACGAAGUGGAAAAGAAAAUUAGCGAUAGUGCUACAAAGUCAUGUGCUAUCGUGGUACUUUCCAACAUACAAAAUCCAAACAUGCAUUCCUUACUGCGCAAAUACAGAUACGAUUCAAAUGGUGUGCUCAUCCCAAGCAGCGUAAAAUACUUCGUCAAACUACCCAACGGCGUGCAAUCUUCUACUAUGUUGGUACCACUGCAUGAUAAGGCUUUUUCACCUUUAGGUGGUUUUGUAAGGUAUUACAAAGAAGUGCCUCCAAUACCCCAGUCUUGGUAAAAAUAUUUAAAUUGACCGAUUUCAUCUAUUUUAUCCACGUACAGAUUUGUAAUGCGCAUUAUUACACUUUUUUGCACAAAACUUAGGACAUCUAAAAAAUAUGUAAAAAGAUAUUUAAU